AGAUCCAAGUGUGCAGCGAAAAGCAGAGACGGCUGCUUUUUUUUUUUAGUCACAGGUGAACCGCUUGUGACGGCGAGCCAUGCGUAAUAUGUGCGGCGCAUGUGGGAUCCCGAGGCAGGAGCCGACACACGAGCGGUCCAGCGGACAAACAUGAAGAUCCAGGCUGGGGCGGAGCACGUGGGUUGCAGCAAGGUGGGAGAAAACCACGACGACCAGGUCAUCUGCUCGCACUGUCAGGAUGAGCUGGUGCGGGUUUGUCCGGGAAGCCCGUGCCGCGCCAUCGCCACGCGCCUCUCCUCCGGAUCCGCAGACCGUGAAGCCAGCAGCAGUAGUCACAAUGUUUCUUCAGGAACCUUCUACAGCUGCGUCAGUCAGAUCACGAUUGGGAUUGAUCUUGGGGGUCAAGUGGCCAUUGAAUUCUCCCACUGGAAAAGUCCUUUCCCAUCGACCGGCCCGAAUCUCCCAAGUCCGGACUGUGUUCACUCCGAGGCCUCUGCCGUCCCAGCAGCCAGUGAGCAUCCUGAGCCGGUCUCCUGUCCAGCGUCGCUGUCCGUCAGCCCGCUGCCCUCCUGCACUGCUAGUCAGGAGACGCUGUGCGACAACAGCACAAAUGUGAGUUUGUCUCUACAUGGAUCUGAGCCCCAGCGGCAGACCCCCCACCCACAAAGUGUCCUGCCGCAGACCUCGGCUUCCUGCUACCAGGCAGCGGACAGACCUCUCAUUUUCCCAUACUGUGGGAGAGAAGACAUAAUGGAGGAGUCCUCGGCCACGACUCUGGAGUCCAGCAUUCAAGACGACGAGCCUGCACCAGAUCUGAAGGAUGUCACCGUGCUGCUGGAGAACGAAAGGUCAGAGGAAAUCAACAGCCCCUCCAGAGAUGACGACUCCACCCUGCACAACCCCAAAACGCACAGAAACAUCCCUGACAACAACACAAAGUCCAAUUCAUUCAUCCCACAGGGGAGGAGUAAGCCCAGUGGCCUUUGCUUCAGCGAUGGAAAGAGCCGGAUAGACUACAUCCUGGUUUAUAGAAAGUCAAGCUCACAGCCGGACAAGAGGGAGAUAUUUGAGCGGAACAUCCGUGCAGAAGGCUUACAGAUGGAAAAAGAGGCCUCUUUAACCAAUGGUGACGUGAUCUUCUUGAAGCUUCAUGCACCAUGGGAUGUUCUCUGUCGCUAUGCAGAACUCAUGAACAUCCGCAUGCCUUUUAGGAGGAAGAUCUUUUACAAAAGCAGACGGCCCAGGUUUUUGAGCAGGAUGGAGAAGCGUAUCAAUAAAUUUCGUGGUUGGCUUCCACGCAAACCUAUGAAAUUUGACAACGACACUCUUCCCGACUUGGCAGAGAAUGAAAGCUUUACAGCCCCCUUCAGUCGAUCAAGGAUCCAUCACUUCAUCAUACACAACAAAGACACCUUUUUCAACAACGCCACCAGAAGUCGCAUCGUUCACCACAUCCUUCAACGGGUCAAAUACGAAGAGGGCAAAAAUAAGAUGGGAAUUAACCGUCUUUUAAGCAAUAAUUCGUAUGAGGCAGCGUUUCCUCUCCAUGAGGGCAACUACCACAGCAAGAACUCCAUCCGGACACAUGGAGCAGAGAACCAUCGGCACCUGCUGUACGAGUGUUGGGCCUGGUGGGGAGUCUGGUACAAGUACCAACCGCUGGACCUCAUCAGGAGGUAUUUUGGGGAGAAGAUCGGCCUGUACUUCGCUUGGCUUGGAUGGUACACAGGGAUGCUGUUUCCUGCUGCUCUGGUUGGCCUUCUUGUAUUUGUUUAUGGUCUUUUCACAGUGGAGCAAUGCCAGGUCAGCAAAGAAAUCUGCCAGGCCACUGACAUCGUCAUGUGUCCCAUCUGCGACCAGUACUGUCCCUUCCUGAGACUGUCAGACAGCUGCAUCUACGCCAAGGUCACCCAUCUCUUCGACAACGGGGCGACGGUUUUCUUCGCUGUUUUCAUGGCAGUUUGGGCAACAGUCUUCCUAGAGUUCUGGAAGAGACGCAGAGCCGUCCUCGCUUACGACUGGGACCUCAUCGACUGGGAGGAAGAGGAGGAUGAAAUACGCCCCCAGUUUGAGGCCAAAUACUCCAAGAAGGAGAGGAUGAACCCCAUAUCUGGGAAGCCCGAGCCUUACCAGGCCUUCAGUGAUAAAUACAGUCGCCUCCUCGUUUCAGCAUCCGGAAUAUUCUUCAUGAUCCUGGUGGUGAUUGCUGCAGUGUUUGGCAUCGUGAUUUAUCGCGUGAUCACCGUCAGCACCUUCGCAGCGUUUGGUUGGGCUCUCAUCAGGAACAACUCUCAGGUUGCAACCACGGGUACGGCGGUCUGUAUCAACUUCUGUGUCAUCAUGCUCCUGAACGUGUUGUAUGAGAAAGUUGCUCUGCUGCUCACAAAUUUAGAGCAGCCAAGGACAGAGUCCGAGUGGGAGAACAGCUUCACUUUCAAAAUGUUCCUCUUUCAGUUUGUCAACCUCAACAGUUCAACUUUCUACAUUGCCUUCUUUCUGGGAAGAUUCACCGGCCGGCCGGGUGCAUAUCUACGCCUCAUCAAUCGCUGGAAACUGGAGGAAUGCCACCCCAGCGGCUGCCUCAUUGACCUCUGCAUGCAGAUGGGGAUCAUUAUGGUGCUAAAACAGACCUGGAAUAACUUCAUGGAGCUCGGCUACCCGCUCAUCCAGAACUGGUGGACCCAGCGCAGGCUGAGGAGGGAGCACGGCCUGGAGACGACAGCCAACCUCCCACAGUGGGAGCGGGACUACAACCUGCAGCCCAUGAACGCCUAUGGACUCUUCGAUGAAUAUCUGGAGAUGAUCCUACAGUUUGGCUUCACCACCAUCUUUGUGGCGGCGUUCCCUCUGGCUCCUCUCCUGGCGCUGCUCAACAACAUCAUCGAGAUCCGUCUAGAUGCCUACAAGUUUGUCACGCAGUGGCGCCGACCUCUGCCAUCACAAGCCAAAGACAUCGGCAUCUGGUAUGGCAUUCUGGAGGGUAUCGGCAUCUUGUCCGUCAUCACCAAUGCCUUCGUCAUCGCCGUUACCUCAGACUUCAUCCCCCGUCUCGUUUACGCCUUCAAGUAUGGACCUUGUGCCGGCCAGGGUCGCGCGGGGCAGGGGUGCAUGAUGGGCUACCUCAACGCCAGUCUCUCGGUCUUCCGAGUGUCGGACUUUGAGAAGAGGUCGCAGCCCAGGACCAACGGCUCUGAGCUGUUGGAGGAGGCUGUGAAGUACUGCAGGUAUCGUGAUUACAGGGAGCCUCCAGACUCGGCUGAUCCGUACUCAUACACUCUGCAGUUCUGGCACGUCCUGGCGGCCCGGCUGGCGUUCAUCAUUGUGUUUGAGCAUAUGGUCUUCGCCAUCAAGACCCUGAUUGCGUACCUAAUCCCCGACCUUCCCAAGGACCUGCGGGACAGAAUGCGUAGAGAAAAGUAUCUGAUCCAGGAGAUGAUGUAUGAGGCUGAGCUGGAGAGACUGCAGAAGGAGAAGAACGAGAGGAAAAAGAAGACGGACAGGGCGCAUCACAAGGAAUGGCCGUGAAGAAGGUUUUACCCGGAUACUGUCCUAUUUCCAGCGUAUCCGCAGGUGUUUGGGUUUCACCGUGUAGUGGAUGGAGAGCGCUGGGUUUCCUGCAUGUCCUGGACCCUCCAACCCUCCUGCCGCCUCAGACGGACCAGCGCCCCCUGAUGGACAGGUGCAGAGCUGACGGAGCAUCUGCGUCGCCACGCACAACAGAUGGACCGCUUGGUAGCAGGUUUCGCACCCUUGUUUUCCUGUUGAGACUCUCAGCAGCGUGCCGCUUCAGCUCCUGAAUGUAGACUUCAAGCAAAAGUAAUGUUUUUCCCCUUUUUUUCCUUUUGCUUGUUAAAUGACUGGAAGUGCUUACCACAACCUGCCGAAUACAAACUCUGUUUACAACCCCCCCCCCCUUCUUUUUUUUAUUGAAGGAAUUCACAUUCUGCUUUAUUGUAAAUAAAAUAAUGAGAUGAAUGUCAUCUGCUCCGCUAGAGUUAAGUGUAAUAAAAUCAACUGAAAUAAAAAUGAAAGUCUAUUCUAUCCAGGCUGAGACGCUUUCCAUUUUAAAUUUACAUUGAUA